AGGGCCGUGACGCCAUCAGAGGGCGCCUGAGUAGGGACCCGACGCAAGUAGGGGAUGUUGGAGUCGCUGUUGGCCCUAGGCGGCCUGGUGCUGCUUCGCGAUUCUGUGGAGUGGGAGGGGCGCAGUCUCCUGAAGGUGCUUAUCAAGAAAUCUGCACUGCGUGGGGAGCAAGUCCACGUCCUGGGCUGUGAAGUGAGCGAGGAAGAGUUUCGUGAAGGUUUUGACCCCGAGAUCAACAGCCGGGUGGUGUACCAUGAUUUCUUCAGAGACCCUCUCAACUGGUCAAAAACUGGGGAGGCCUUUCCUGCAGGACCCCUGGCAGCCUUGAGAGCCGUGUGUAGGAGGACAGCUCCUGGCCCUGCCACCAUUGCUCUUGAUUCACUCAGCUGGCUAUUACUUCACCUUCCCUGCACCACACUCUGCCAGACCCUGCACACUCUGAGCCCUCAGGGCUCCUGCCCUGGUGCCAGCACUCCAGCGGAACAGGUGCAUGUGCUGGGCCUGCUACAUGAAGAGCUUCAUGGCCCAGGCCCUGUGGGAGCACUGAGCAGCUUAGCUCAGGCUGAAGUGACCUUGGGUGGUACAGCGGGCCAGGCCUCGGCCCACGUCCUUCAUCGGAGGCCCCAACAGCGCCCAACUAAUAAGACUCACUGGUUCUCCAUCCUUCCUGACUUCAGCCUGGAUCUUCAAGAGGGCCCCCUCCUAGAGUCCCAGCUGCAUCCAGAUCCUCACACACACUUGGUGGAUCCUAUGGCUCAUUUGACCUUUAACCUUCACUUGUCCGAGAAGGAGAGAGAAGCCAGAGACAGCCUGACUCUGCCUUUCCAGUUCAGCUCUGAAAAACAGCAGGCUCUGCUGCACCGCAGGCCAGGCCCAGCUUCCAGCCACAUCUUCUCUGAGCCAGAUGCUUACGACGAUCUGGAUCAAGAAGACCCGGAUGAUGACCUAGAUAUUUGACUGGACAGACUUGACUAGACUUUUAGUUGCAGGGGGAAGGGAAAGACCGUGAGCCUGGAACCAUCGUUCUGCUGUGUUGGCCUUACCCUGUCCCUACCCCGUUUGACCCUGUGUCUGUGGAGGCCCGGGCCUGUGAGCGAGGCCACAGCUUCUGAUCAGGAAGCUAUGGAAUGAGGGAAUACAAUGAGACUGGAACCACCCCCAUGCCUAAUAAAAUAUUUUUUUUAUUGAAAAA